AUAUGCACCAUGCAAACAGCGGGCUCGGCGUAUCCUCUCUUUCUCAACAUUCUGAGCCGCAAUCAUUGCGUUACGGUAGCACUAGCGCGUCAGCAAUCCCCGGAACUGGGCCAUACAAGUGAAAAGUUGGACGGACCUUGCAUCAUCCCCGCACGAUCCCCGCAACAUCGCGAGAAUUCUCGGACCGUCUGCGCGUAAUGACGAUGCUUCGGGCUGUCUUCUGUACCAGGAAACGCUCGCAGCUGUAGUUCCUUCCGACGCGGAAACCAGCGCGUAGCCGACGCGGAAGCCGCUAUACGUGAUGAGGUUUAAAAGUAGCGUAGGCCCCGCUGAAGAUGCCGGCAUCAUCAAUCCAAGGCAUCCUAACUUCUCCCACCUCUUUAUUUUAAGUCAACGACACUUUGACGAUGGUAGCAUCAAGCUUCUGGCAGCCGUUGACAGCGGCGGCUUGUCUGUUCGGCGCGACUACUGCGUACCGUCAGCGCAGAUACAUUGAUAACUCCUCCGGGACGCCCGAGGUUAUCAUCCCGGGUGCCUCUUCCUACAAUGGCCUGAAUCUAGUGCCACAGAUGGGAUGGGACAAUUGGAACGCCUUCGGGUGCGACGUGAAUGAGAGCUUGCUGCUCAAUACCGCUCAGAAGAUGGCCGAUUACGGGCUGCGGGAUCUAGGGUACAAUUACAUUGUCCUGGACGACUGCUGGUCGAUUGGGAGAAACUCUAGCGGAUAUCUAGUCGAGAAUCACGUCAAGUUUCCGAGCGGAAUGAAGGAGGUCGCGGAUAGGAUACACGGCCUAGGCUUCAAAUUCGGAAUGUACUCUUCGGCAGGCAUCAUGACUUGCGGAAGGUAUCCGGGAUCGCUCGGCUUUGAGCAAAAGGACGCGGACUUGUGGGCCAGCUGGGGUGUGGACUAUCUCAAGUAUGACAACUGCUUCAACCAAGGCCAAUCCGGGACACCGAAGCUGUCGUUCGACCGCUACAACGUCAUGUCGCAGGCUCUCAAUGAAACUGGCCGGCCUAUCGUCUACGCGAUGUGCAACUGGGGUAACGAUGAUCCUUACGACUGGGCUUAUGGCAUUGCGAACUCCGGACGCAUGUCGGGCGACAUCUACGACUCGUUUAAUCGACCGGACUCGCGCUGUCCAUGCACAGAAGCUGUUGGUUGCCCUUGGCCAGGCUUUCACUGCUCCGUUAUGAACAUCCUGAACAAGAUGCCCGCCAUACAGUCGCGCACGAUGUCUGGCUACUUCAACGAUAUGGACAUGCUGGAGGUCGGUAACGGUGGCCAAAGCGAUUCGGAAUACGUAGUCCACUUCUCCAUGUGGGCCAUGAUGUCGUCGCCUCUGCUUAUCGGCACGAAUAUCCCGACGCUGUCUCCGGCCAAUCUGGCGAUUUACUCCAACCCGGCAAUCAUCGCGCUCAACCAGGACCCAUCAGCGGGUGCUGCUAUCAGGAAGUGGAGAUACUUUGUAGACCCGGACGAGAACGGCGAAGGCGAGAUCUCUCUCUGGACGCGGACGCUUGAUAACGGCGACACGGUGAUGGCGCUGCUCAAUGCCGCCAAUUCCACCAUGAUGAUGAACGCCACCAUGAACGACAUCUUCUUGGACCAGCGCACGGCUGGUGCGUAUCAGGAGCCGGAGGAGCUCCGCCAGACCUGGGACGUGUACGAUUUGUGGGCGAACCGGAUGUCGGAGGCAGAAGCUGGUUCCCUCAUCAAUGGCACCUCGACCGUGAGCCCAAACAGCACUACUAGGUACAAUGCUACCGCAACGAGCUACGAAGAGGGGCUCGAGAACAAUGCGACGGCAUUGAUGGGCGUUCAUGUCGGUAGUAUUGCUCCGAGUGGGACUUUCAGUGCGGAGAUUGCGAGGCAUUCUGUCGGUGUUUACCGGUUGAGGGCGCAGUCUUCCUCGAGCUUGCGGAAGAGGGAUGAGUUGUAAUGUAUCCAGGUACGACGAAUGUCCCGCGCCAGCGGUAGGGAAAACG